CCAGGAAAAAAAGGCCCCGAUCACAGGCGCGCCCUACGCCGCUCGUCAUUCUCUGCAAAAAUUCAGCCAUUCCCCAUCCAGCUUGGACACUCGUCCUGACUGCUCUGCAUACUUAGGAGGUCCUUAGUCCUCUCCGUCUCGUCUUCUCUCCUCCGUGACCCGUCAUUGUCCUUCCCACAUCUCGACACCCUCAACUUCUCAAGAGCUCGCCACUGUCUGUUGGAUCGGUUGUUGAAACUCUUCACCUCGUCCUUUCUUUCCUGUCGUCCACACUCACAUCUCGCACACCAUGGCGGUCGAAACUUCCAACGGCACCAACGGCUCGGCCGAGACGGCUGGUCAGCUGCCGUUCCGCCUCCCGCUCCCUGCCACUGUCCACUCGGCCGAGGAGCUCAUUGGCAACACCCCUCUGGUCCGCCUCAACAAAAUCCCCCAGUCUCUCGGCAUCACCGCCCAGGUCUACGCCAAGGUCGAGCUCUUCAACGCCGGUGGCUCCGUCAAGGACCGCAUUGCCUACCGCAUGAUCACCGAGGCUGAGAAGAGCGGCCGCAUCAAGCCCGGUGACACCCUCAUCGAGCCCACCAGCGGCAACACCGGCAUCGGUCUGGCCCUCGUUGGUGCCAUCAAGGGCUACCGCACAAUCAUCACUCUCCCCGAGAAGAUGUCCGCCGAGAAGGUCUCUGUCCUCAAGGCUCUCGGUGCCACAAUCAUCAGAACCCCUACGCAGGCCGCGUGGGAUGCGCCCGAAUCCCACAUUGGCGUCGCCCGUCGCCUCGUCAAAGAGAUCCCCAACGCACACAUCCUCGACCAGUAUGCCAAUGUCGACAACCCGCUGGCUCACGAGUUUGGCACCGCUGAAGAGAUCUGGGAGCAGACCGGUGGCAAGAUCACCUGCCUCGUCGCCGGUGCAGGCACUGGUGGCACCAUCUCCGGUAUCAGCAAGGGCCUGCGGAAACACAAUGCUGACAUCAAGAUCGUCGCCGCCGACCCCCACGGCAGCAUCCUCGCCGUUCCCGAGUCGCUCAACGACGACCACCGCGAUGAGUCCUACAAGGUCGAGGGCAUUGGCUACGACUUCAUCCCCGAGGUUCUCAGCAGGGACCUGGUCGACAAGUGGUACAAGACGGACGAUCGGGAAUCGUUUGCUCUCGCCAGGAGGCUCAUUGCCGAGGAAGGCCUGCUCGUCGGCGGGAGCUCCGGUAGCGCCAUGGCUGCGGCCAUCCGCGCCGUCAAGGACCUCAACCUUGGCAAGGACGACGUCGUCGUUGUGGUCCUACCCGACAGCAUCCGCAGCUACCUCUCCAAGUUCGCUGACGACGACUGGCUCGCGGCCAACGAUCUCCUCCCUGUGCCCGACGAGGCUGUCAAGGAGGCUGUUGCAAAGGACACCGCCAAGGAAGUGCCCAACAGCAACCCCUACAGCGGCGCUACGAUCCGCUCACUGCGCCUCAAGCCCGUCAUCUCCGUCACAUCCAGCACCCCGUGCUCCGAGGCUGUCGAGACCAUGCGUGACAAGGGCUUCGAUCAGCUCCCUGUUCUUGCCGCACCAGGUGGCAAGCUCGUUGGUCUGGUCACUCUUGGAAAUGUCCUGAGCUACCUGUCACGCGGCAAGGCCACCAAGCAAACGACCGUGGGCGAUGUCAUGUUUGACUUUGGCCGCAUGGACGAGGUUGUCACAGAUCCCCGGGAGGGCAAGGGCAUCAAGAGGCGGAAGUUUGUCGAAAUCACCCUGGACACGCCCUUGACUGAGCUCAGCAAUUUCUUUGAGUGGAACAGCGCGGCGGUCGUGACCGAGCCCGCCAACGAUGGCGACGAUAAAAGCAAGGUCCUCAGCAAGCCGGUGGCCAUCGUCACCAAGGUCGAUCUGCUGACCUGGAUGGUUAAGCAGAUGAAGGCAUAAGUAAUUAGAGAUGGCAUUGGGCGUUCGCAUACAGCCAGCAAGGGAACGAUUUCAUGUAGAUUUGGAGCGACUUCAACACACCUAAACUGGACACAGAGCCAGUGGCUGCAUUUUAGAGUUGGCGCAGGCGUUUUGUUGGGAUACAUAUAUACGUUUGACUUUGGUACAUACCAUAUGUUUCCUCUUGUUUCUCUACCUGUAUUUGGGAAACAGCUCGUGUACUCUGGAUACACACGGGUAAGAGACUCAACAUCUCUCAUGGACCAAAUUAGUGUGGAAUGGCAGCAAUCUGAAUAACAGCUCAAGGGCCUUUUGAGGCUUGCCCUAUGCUGCACGGCACGUCGCACAAUAGCCCUGACUGAGAACAGCGUAUUCUGAGAUGUAAAAGUGUCUUGGCAUGCCAGGACCCGGGGGCAUCCUUGACAACAUUCUCAACACUGCCAGGCAGCCCAGUCGCCCAGCUUCCAUUCUGG